GCGGACCAGGGCAGCUCCAGUACAGCGGAGCUCUCGGAGUUUAGCAGCACUGACUGCGGGAUUAACCAUGAGUGGCUUGAAAGAUUUGUGCGACUUGGUGUCCGGGUUGAGCUUCUUGCACACGGACACCCCGAGCUCCUUGCAGCCGCCUGUCCCGGACCGCAAGGCGGUGAGACCCCCGGCCGGCUUCCGCCGUCACUCCACGGGCCCGGUGCUGCCGACGGGGGCUCCGUGCUGGGCCGAGGAUCCUCGGCACCGCCGCCACCGGGUGCCGCCGGGCCUGAGCCGCUGCCUGAGCCACGGCGACUCGCUGGAGGAGGAGCAGGAGCAGGAGGAGGCCCCGCGGGGCCUAGCCGGGCCUGGGCCUGGAGUACAGCAGCCGAGCCCCCGCUACAAGACCGAGCUGUGCCGGCCUUUCCAGGAGAGCGGCCUGUGCCGGUACGGGGACAAGUGUCAGUUCGCCCACGGCCUCGGGGAGCUGCGGAUCGUCAGCCGCCACCCCAAGUACAAGACCGAGCUGUGCCGGACCUUCCACUCGAGCGGCUUCUGCCCGUACGGCUCCCGCUGUCACUUCAUCCACCACCCGGCCGAGGAGAGGCCUAGCCGGCCGCGCCUCCAGCAGAGCACCAGCUUCUCCGGCUUCACCUCCACCUCCACCUCCCCGGGGCCUGAGCUGCCGGACUGGGACUCCCUCCGGGCGGCUGUCAGCCACGAGUUCGCCCGGGUCAUGGGGCUGAGCAGCUGCUGCUGCAGCAGCCGGGCCGGGGCCUGCCCCAAGGCCUGGGCCUCCUCCUCCUCCUCCUCCUCCCAGCACUGUCCCCCGGAGAUCGCCCUCACCCUCACCUCCGGCUCCGGCUCCUUCCGCAGCCCCUACCCCGACUCCCUGAGCGACAACGAGGAGUUCAGCAGCAGCAGCGGCGGCAGCAGCGGCUCCGAGUCCCCGGUCUUCGAGCACCAGGCCCGGCGCCUCCCGAUCUUCAGCAGGAUCUCGGUGUCUGAGGAUUGAGGAGCGGGGAGAGAGACCUGACCCAGGCACAGGCCGGGGCUCACCCUGAGGGAGAAGGCAAUACCCCUCUCACCUACCCACACCCACUCUCUGCCCCACAACCCCCUCACCUUCCCCUUCUCACCCCUCUCUUUCUCUACCUCUCUC